AUGGAUGAAUCUAAGCUAACUCAAUUCGAUGUGAAAGAAUAUAAAGAAAUUUCCGAUGAAGCUGUUAGUGCUGACCUUGAUGUGAAUGUUGAUGGAUUCGAUAUUUUUAGUCACAUGCUGUUUCUUAAACCUUCUACGAUUAUUGACAAUGAAUUUGUAUCUAUUCGCUCAACAAUCUCACCUGGUACAUCAGCUACCUCGCAUAAUGAAGUUAAAAGGCUUAUCACAUUGUUAGAAAAACAUAAAAAUGAUAUUGAAAAUAUACUAAGCCCUAAACAAGUGUAUGCUAUAGGCCCUGAUUUUCUGCAAGGUUGUACUAUACCGCAUAUUGCCUGCUGGGUUAAUGGGGCUCUCAUUAAUGAAGAUAUUGAAAGGCUUUCAAAUAUAUUUGAUAAUGAAUUUGAAAUUGUUGUGAUACAUCUGGAUACAGAAUACAGCAAUAGUUUCAGCUAUAAAACACAACAAUCAGGCGAUAAAAAUGAAUCUAAAGGCAAAAGGAAUGGGGAUGACAGCGGGCAAAAUGAUUAUAACAGAAAUAAUAAAGAAAAUAAUCAUGAAGACAAAGGAUCAAAUGAAAAAAAUAGCGGUGAGGCGAAUGAAAAAAAUGGUGACGAAGGCAAUAGAAGAAACGGCGAGAGAAGCAGCAAAAAAAGUGAUGAUGAUGGAUAUGAAGGUUCUAGCGAAGACGACAAUAAUAAGUAUCUUUCUGUUGCCUCUACGGCAACAGCCAAAGUUGCGGGCACGAAUUCAGAAAUUGAACAAGAUUUCAGCAUAAAUGCUCGCGUCUGGGCAAAUAUUUCUAAUAAACAUAAUGGGCAGAGUAUUAAGUUCGAGGUUUUUUUAUUCGAUUGUAGAACGGGUGAGCCGCUCAGUAGUCAAUGGAAAUUACUUAAAGGGAAAGCUACUGCCUAUAUUUUUGAUUCUAUUGAAAUUAGUGUUUCUCCAGAUCCAAGAAAAGUUGGUGCGAUUAUGCCAAAGGAUGCUUACGAACCAUUACUACCCAACCAAGAGACUGAACGUUCAAAAGGUAAAGAGACAAGCAAAAGUUUAGGUGGUAAAGUUGGAUGUGAGAUUGGAACGACAUCUAAGUUUGUAGCCGAAGCGAAUCUUAAUUGUAGCGCAAAGAAUACCCAUAAUAACAAAUCAGUAACAAGUGAAUGGAAUUUAAAGACUAUAGGAAACAACAAAUCUGGAAUUUGCUGGUCAUAUAAAUAUACUGCUGAUGAAAAUGCCAGUUAUAGAUUUGACUUUCCAUGCAACAGUCAUCAUCGUGGCGAAUGGGUUAUCGAAAAUAUGGUUGGAUUUCGUAUCGUUAUUAAGCAAGUAUUGCGUUACGUAUUAAUUAAAGGUGAUACUAAGAAUAAAAAGGUAAUAAAUAUAGCACAAUGCCCUAAAAUGGCUCAUACACUCGAAAUAUACUUCAAAACUAUUAAAAAUUUUAAUGAUGAUUUUGCUGCACUCAGAAAGUGGCAUUUCAAACAGGAAGAUCUUACUGUUACCCUAAAAGAUAUUAAGGAUGUAAAUUUGGUUGCAAAUGACACUCAAAAUGAUUCAAAACUUAUGGAUAUAGACCGGGGGUUUAUGGAAAUCGAUCAAAUUUAA